UUUUUUUUUUUUCUUCGGUCUUACAGCCGGAGCAGGAAAACAAGGAGUGCAGAAAGGGAGAGAAAGAAAGAAAAAAAACCCCUGGAAAUUAAUUUGAAAUGGCUUUUCGGAGAAGAAAUAAGAGCUACCCUUUCUUUAGUCAGGAGUUUUUAAUUCAGAACCAUGCCGACAUCGUGUUUAGUUUGGUCAUCUUCAUUUUAAUUGGCCUGAUGUUUGAGGCAACUGCAAAAACAGCCAUUCUCUUUAUCCAACCCCAGUACAACAUCAGCACAUUGAACGCAGACGGAGAGCUGACUCUCUACCAUUACGGCUGGAAAGACUGCGCCACCGUCCUCUUCUAUCUCUUCAUCACCAUCAUCCUCCACGCGGUGGUGCAGGAGUACAUCCUGGAUAAAGUAAACAGGCGUCUUCACCUUUCGAAGAGCAAGAACACGAAGUUUAACGAGUCCGGACAGCUGUGUGUGUUCUACAUCGUCUCUAGUUUGUGGAGCCUAUACGUUCUUGCUACUGAGGGUUACAUUCUGCACCCAAGCAGCCUUUGGGAGAACUACCCUCACGUCCACCUGAGGUUCCAGGUGAAGUUUUUCUAUCUGACCCAGUUGGCGUAUUGGCUCCACGCUCUGCCCGAGCUCUACUUCCAGAAAGUGCGCAAGGAAGAGAUCCCUCGUCAGCUGCAGUAUAUCUGCCUGUACCUGUCUCACAUCCUGGCUGCGUACCUGUUAAACCUAACGCGUGUAGGGUUGGUGUUACUCUUCCUGCAGUAUGUCUCUGAGACGGGUUUCCAUCUGUCCAGACUCGUCUACUUUAUCGACGAGACGCACCAUAAAAUGUUUGACCUGUGGUCAGUCGGGUUUGUUUUGACCCGUAUGGUGUCUCUGACCCUGAUGUUCUUGUCCGUGGGUUUCGGUUUGGCGCGAUCAGAGAACCAGACGCUCGACUGGGAGGCCGGAAACUUCAACACCCUCCCUAUCAGGCUCUUGGUGCUGUUCCUGGUGUGUUCUACACAGUCAUGGCUGCUGUGGAAGUUUUUCUGUUUCCAGCUGAGACGCACUCGCGAGUUCCGACUGGAGCAGGCGAGAAAGAGAGCAGCAGCUAAACAACAGACUUCACGCACUGUCAAACGCGACACAGCUGGUCACCAUGAGAACGGCGCGCUCAAAGUGGAGAACGGAACGUCACCUCGGCUGAAGAAGCUCAAAGCCCCUUAACCCCGCCCCCUUUUUAUAACCCCGGCCCAUUUUUGUAAGGGACAGAAACAGGAAACGGGUGACCCCUUCCUGUUCUGAUCUAUAAUAGACUGAGGGUGCUACAACAUUCCAUAGAGGACGUGCCAUCCAAAAGUGUUGGCACCCUUGGGGGGUGGGGGGUUGUUAAUAUGUACCCUCUUUUUUUUUUUUUUUUUUGGUACAUCGUUGUCAGUAUUUGUUACGUUCUUUUCAAAUAAGCAUUAUUGCGAUUUCUCUCUCUUCUGCCGCUUCGCACCAAUACGCAACUUUUUUAUCUCAUCCGAAAGCCAUGUUUUUCUUUUUUUUUUUCUUUUUUUGUUGAGUUUUCUGAAUCAGUACUGUAUCAGCCAGCCUUGGGGGAAGUGAUGAAACAGGCCUACGGUGGCUUGGGAAGGACAUCCAGAGUGCAGGUCACCCACCAAGUGGGAAGGAUUUUUUGGGGAGGUUGUCUUUUGUUUGUUUGUUUGUUUGUUUUAAAGUGGGGGGGGGGGGGGGGUUCUUGAAUGUCAUGGCUUUUUCUCAAUCACAGUGAGGACGUUAGGAAGAUAGAAAUCUUUGACACGUUUAGAAAAAGAUAUUCACGGUCACAUCAUUUAUGAUGACAAUAAAACUACAAAAUAAAAAAAAAAUAAAAAAACGGCCGAGUUGUUAAUUUUCUAGCAACGGAGUGUCUUUAAAACCUUCACGAAACCGGUCGGGUGAAGAGAAUUAUGGGAUACGUAAUUAUGGGAGACGAGCAACGCUGCUUCUUAAGUUCGGACGGAAUAAGAAAGGCGGCGGCUUCCUGAACGACCUCCUUAUAAAAAUGUAGCCUGAGACGGAUCUGCUUUCCGAUUGGUUUGUAAUGAUUUUCUGAGGAGCACAGACUCCGCCCCUCGCCGCCUGAACCACGUCGCUGGAGUAAAUGCAGAACUCGAACAAUACGGCACAGAUCGUUCAUUUCCGAACAACCGAAUCCAAGGCCGGUUAGAGAAAUUUCAUUGCCAUGACAACACCUUAAGCAUCUUAAGUGAUCUUCACUCCUGUUCUUAAAACAAGACGUGAACAGUGCAGGAGAAUUUAAAGAAUAGUUAGUUAAAAAAAAAAAUAAUCAAACCGAGAAAUGAAUAAUGCAAACUGUGGUCCAAUCAGGAGUCGGCCAUUUUAUCGCUACUCCUGGCAAAAUGUCUCUUGAGCACCUGCGCACUUAGAAUAAAGAGAUGUUUAAAAAAUGCAUCUGUCAUCUCGUAUGUAAUCGUUGUCUAGAUCUAGAUCAGUGUCUCUGAAAAGUUGCCAGUUGAUUAUUUUCCUAUAACCCCAUAAGGUGCGAGUGAGAGGAUUGUACAAGGUGUCCUGGCCGCCCUCGUCCCCUCGCUGUGGUGUUCCAGGAACAUAAUCAGCGGCAGGGUGGUAUGAUGAAGCGUAGUUAACGUCAUCACCCCAAGCUUGAUUCAUUUCCUAUAACAGCACAACCCUGAGUGUUUUAUUUAUUUGUUAAAGUACAGCGUCGUACUGUUGAACCGUGUAUAUUUGCAGUGAAUGUUCCACGAAACAAGUUAGUUCCUGUUCACUCUGGGGUUCUGGUUCACCAGCUUCCCUUUUCUCUCUCGAAGUUAAAAACAAAAAAAGAAAAAAAACGCAGCUGGUCAUGUUACUGAGAAACCACAAAGCAUAAAUUCCUCUGCCCUGAAGACUUUCCUGGGUUGGAAAGCUCUGACACUGGAGACUCCUUCCAUAAAUGUUCAAAAAUAAUGGUCUCGUUACGGAAGGUACGAUACGACGAGCGCAUUGAUAUAAACCUGCACUACUGUCAGAGCUGCUGUUAUAGAACGUCAAUCAAUCAACACCUGACCAAUCAGAAUCCAGAAUUCAUCAGGUCUGAUUAGGUCAUCAUUUGGCUCUUACUUGGUUUGCGUUUUUGGAAAAGGGAAAACAGUGUCUCAGUCAUUUAAGUGUUAAAGUGUUAUCCGUGGCUUUGCUCUGCUCGGUGAUUACAAUUACAACCUUAUAAUUCUCCGUCUGGGGAAUCUGAGCUCGGAUUUUGGGAAGUAAAAAAAAAAAAAAAAUCGACGUCCACGUCCACCCCUCCCGUUCAGACAGCCUACCGUUCGGACUUUUUUAAAAAAAUAUGCAGUUGUGAAAUUGACAAAAAGAAAAAAAAAAGUGUGAAUAAUGUGUUUGUUUUUGUGCAUGUGAUCUGGUUUGUACAACUCAUGAUAAAUAAAUACGUUCUUAUUUAA